AUGUGGGCUAAGCUCUAUAUCAUUGUUAUGCACUACAUUGCUGGUUUCUGUGUUAAGGUUGGAAGUGAAGUCUUACGGAAAGAAUUUGGUUGGAAGAGCGCUUUCUUUGAGAGACUGGAUAUGCCUUCGGCCUAUCCAUGGGAAUACGUUUGGUGUUUUUCUUUCAUUCCAAUCAUUUGUGCCAUGUUGUCGUUCUCAAAGAAUAGGGCAAGGAGUAUUUCCAAUGGUUAUCAUAUGGUACGUGUGUUCUUCGCUGUUGCUCUUCAAAUCCACGGAUUCGCUAUGUACUUUUCGUACCAUCUAGCCGCGGCUUGGACACCGAUGAAACGGGAC